GUGGUCCAGCAUGGCAGCGCUGUGUGAGGGAUACACGUUGUGCGGACUCGUUCCAGCUUUAAAUCAACUAAAGUCUGAAAUUCAGGGGAUCGAAGAGGAGAGGGACUGUGACCAUGUGAUCGUGACUGAUUCUACCAGAUCCGUGACUCUAUAUAAGGUUUCAGAUCAGAAGCCUUUAGGCAGCUGGACGGUCAAACAAGGACAAACUCUUACCUGUCCAGCAGUUUAUAACAGGGAGACCAAUGAGUAUGUGGCAGUCUCUGACAACAAGGUGGUGAGAAUUUGGAAAGAAGAUGACAUUGUUUUAGAUAAAGCUUGCAAGGCGGCAGUGUCAGCAGACGUCCGGAUGGUGCACUGUCCACAUGGAGGGGAGCCUGUGGUCUUGUUUCAGGGAGGAGCAGUGAGACAGCUGGACGCCCUGCUCUCUGCUCCCCAGCAGCCCAUAGAGGAGGUCCUGGUUCAGGAGGAAACCAUCAGGUGGAGUGCCAGCAUAGUGGCAGAGACCCAACAGCUGAUCAUCUUCACAACUGAACUGAAAGGAGAUCAUUUCCUCUACCUGCAGAGAGUUAACCCCAACUCUGUGCAGAGAUACCGGCUGGAGCCGGAGGGGCCCGGCCUCUCCCCGCUCAGCUUCUCUGCCUCCUACAGGGACAAAAACAUCUGCCUGCUUUAUCUCUACCCUAAAGGUCACGUUUACCAGAGUUUGGUGUCGGUUCGCGUUCCACCAGCUGAUGAAGGAGCUCCAGCCGUCCCGCUGCCUCGUCAUCAUCUGCUGAGUCUUCCUGUCGGCGGACAGCUGCUGGAAGCGGCGUCUGCCAUCUCCCUGGACGACGCCCACAUAGCCGUGGUCGGGGUUCCACAUCCUUCUGCUGGGCCUGGAAAAGACUUUCUCUGCAUCUGGAACACAAACUUUCAGACCCUCCAGGCUGCAAAAGAGAUGGCGGGGAAACUCUACGGACAGCUUUGGUGUUAUUCAAGCAAGUUGUUCAUUCCACAUGGAAAAACGCUUUCCGUUGUCCCGUUUGCAUGCCCCAGAUCCUCCCUGGCCUCUGCUUUGGGGAAACUAAAGCAGCUCAAGACUGAGGAAACCAAGCCUCCGACUUUGGUGCCAUCUUGGAAUGCUGUUUUCCAUGGAGAAAAAGCUGCGCCUCCUAAACCGGUGGAGAGCAGAAAGACGAGAACGACCCGAAAGACGCAGUCAGCCCCUAGUUUGACGACUGAUCAAGUACAAGAGCUUAUCAAGACGGCGCCAGCAGAAGAGGUCCAAAAAGAGGUUGAGAGUCUUCUAUCCAGGCAAGAGCUGCAGGACCUGCAGCCUUCGUUGGGACAGUUGGCUUUAUCCCUUGUGUCCCGGAGCCUGGCUGAUCCGGCGUUUUACUCUUCUAGCACUCUAACUCAGCUUGUGCACACCCAGUGCCUCUCCCACAGUGUGUGUCCUGACCUCUUGCCUCUCGCCCUUGAGAAGAAGGAUUAUUUUCUCUGCCAGCUCUGCUUACAGUUCUUCCCUGACAUCCCAGAAGCUGUGACCUGCUCCUGCCUCAAGGCAUUCAUCAGUUUACCAGAUGCUGAUGCAGAAAAGCUGAGCCUGGAGCCUGAUAGCGUCUCCUUUAUGGAAAUGCUGAUCUCCAGUGAGCAUGCUCAGGCUGGCUUGCAGAACGGUUUUAGCCCCACGUCCUGCAAGGAAGACGGCACAGACGCCAUUGACGGCCCACAGACUAAAGCGAAAGAAAAGGAGAAGGCGCCGCCACAACAGAUGUGUCCGCUAGGUUCACAUAAGGCUGCUCUGAUAAAUGAGGUCCUACAGACGGCAUACAGUGAAACCUUCCUCCUCCCGCAUCUAAAGGAUUUGUCCUCUGAUCACGUCGUUCUUUUCCUGCAGUACUUGGAGUUCCUUUACUUGCGCUAUUCCACCGACAGUUUCCCACAAACACACGGCUACAGAUCGCCCACUUUAAAUCAGAUCAUGGAUUGGGUAUGCAUGCUGCUGGACGCCCAUUUCACCGUGUUAGUCAUGACGCCGGUGGUCAAAAGCCUGCUGUUGAACUUCCAACAUUUUGUCAGAUCCCAGGUGAGGCUGUUUUCUGAGCUGGGAAAGAUUGAGGGCAGCCUGCAGGAGCUCAAUAACAUGAAAAGGACGAAGGACGUCGGACAGUACUCCAUUGAAAUCAUUGAGCUGUACUAGAAGCUGCAGAAAUCAGUUCCCCUGGACUGAAUGUUUUUGGUGGUUUUGUAAACCACUUUCCUUCCUUAAAUGGUUUCUACCUUCGAUGCUUCCUGUCAUAUAGGAUUUACUGUGAAUGAAAAACUUUCCAUCUGGCAUUCUCAUUGCUUUAGUUGCAGAUGUCUAACAAUUCCUCUGCUCAGUGGUUUUUAGAUGGUGGGGUUGUGACAGAUACACAGAGUUUGCAUGUUUAAAUCAUUUUCUGCUCAUAGGCCCGAUAGUCUUAUUGAUAAGUUCAAAAAAAAGUUUCCUCAUGCAAUGUCAUGAUAUUUUUUUAAUAUACAUUAUUAAAAUAUGAAUAAUGCCUUCAACAUUUGGUCCUUUUUGAGUGUAAUAACAGCUGAAAAAUUGUAAAUCUCUUAUGUCACUGUAUUUUACACAUAAAGGCGUAUAU